UGAUGAUAAGCCAUGUUUCGUACUUCUUCGUCAACUUCAAAUCUCGCUAUACUAAACUGGCUAUAUAGGACACGAAGAACUUGAUUGAAAACGAUGGACAACAGGUUUUCUACGCAUAUACCUAUGGAACAGCUGGCUGGUUGGGGAUGCAAGCCGUUCUCUUGAUUGUGAUGCCCAAACUAGUUGUUGCAAUGUUAGCCAGUGGUGUUGUACACGAAACGACAGACCUUGAGAUUUACUUCAGCCGAUCACUUGGGUUUGCUCUAUUGUUGAUCGCAUUGAUUGUCUUGUUCUUCACGGGCACAGUGCCACUGUCAUCGAGCAUCACCGAGCCGGUUAGUCUCGAGGACAACGACCCGAAAGCACCUUAUGCUUUACCAAUCCUACGGGUCACCAUGUUCUUCCAUGCGCUCAGCAUGAUUUACUGCUAUCAACGAUGGAUGAACUACCGACAGACUGGAUAUCUGCUUGGGGCCAUCGGGUACGCAGCAAUGGCCAGCUUCGGGUUGUGGUGUGUUGUCUUUGGAACCUCGGCUGGCAGAGUAUCGAAGCGGACGGGGGCAGACAAGCGCACGGCGGGGUUUCCAUUCAAGAACUCGACUGCAUAUGACAAGAAGAAGGACCGAAAGAUGGGUUGAGUGCCUGGGAGAGGAAUGAAUCUGUUCCGAGUAUGAAAUGAACAGUGAUGGGUCCAAAUGAUGCUCCGUACAUUGCUUACCUCGUUUUAUCACGUGCUUGCACAUCACGUGAACUUCCUUUCCAUCCCAUACUCUGUCCUUCUCGUACAAAAUUCCAAAUCUCACUCUCAGACUCGUUCGUCG